AUGGAAGAGGCCCAGAUUAGGCAAAGAUGGCAGUCGUACUUUCAUAAACUUCUGAAUGAAGAGGGGGAUGGAAACAUCGUGUUAGGGCAAUUGGGGCACUCCGAGAGUCAUCGAGACUUUAGGUAUUGUAGGCGCAUUAAGGUUGAGGAGGUCGUGGGUGCGAUGGGUAAGAUGAGUCGCGGCAAAGCGACCGGGCCUGACGAGAUUCCAGUAGAGUUUUGGAGAUAUGCGGGUAGGGCAGACUUGGAGUGGCUGACUGGGAUGUUUAAUGUUAUCUUCAAGACAAAGAGGAUGCCUGAUGAGUGGCGGUGGAGUACAAUGGUUCCGGUGUUCAAGAACGAAGAGGAUAUCAAGAAUUCCAUGCCUCAGAAUUUAGAAGCAAUUAUCGGAAGAGGUGUGGCUGUUCAGGAAAAGCGUCUGUUCAGAAGGGAAAAAAACGUUCAGCGUUUGGAUUUCAAGAUUUUAGUUAAUUUCGUUAAUUUGGAUUUCAACUUUCAGUUAAUUUCGUUAAUUAACUGA